AUGGCGGCUACCUUCAAUGUUAACGCUGAGGCAGGCCUUAAAAAGCUUGAUGGCUACCUUCUGUCUCGCAGUUACAUCUCUGGAUACCAAGCUUCCAAGGAUGACUUGGCUGUGUAUUCUGAAUUCUCAGUUGCUCCACCAUCAACUUGCACCAAUGUUGCAAGGUGGUACAAUCACAUUGAUGCACUCCUGAAGCUGAGUGGAGUUACUGCCCCUGGUCAAGGUGUGAAGGUUCUGUCAUCAGUUGUCCCUGAGACCUCAACUACUGAUGUGGCUGAGGCUCCUGCAGCUGAUGAUGACGAUGACAGCGAUGUUGACCUUUUUGGAGAGGAAACCGAAGAGGAGAAGAAGGCAGCUGAAGAGCGUGCUGCCAAAGCUAAGGCUUCUACCAAGAAGAAAGAAUCUGGCAAGUCAUCAGUUUUGCUUGAUGUUAAGCCAUGGGACGAUGAGACUGACAUGGUCAAGCUGGAGGAAGCUGUCCGAAGCAUCAAGAUGGAGGGCCUUCUGUGGGGUGCUUCCAAGCUCAUGCCAGUUGGAUAUGGCAUCAAGAAGCUCCAGAUUAUGAUGACCAUCAUUGAUGACCUCGUCUCUGUCGACACUCUUAUUGAAGACCAUCUCUGCGUUGAACCAGCCAACGAGUACAUCCAGAGCUGUGACAUUGUUGCCUUCAACAUCUUCCUGAGGCAGGUGAUGGCGGUGGGUGGACAAUGCAGCAGCACAAUAUAUCUACAGUUUUCCGUUGCCGUGAUGGUGUCGUAG